UAACCCAUGCAUGAAACCAAUCAAUUGAGUAUCAGUAUUGGCUCUGCAAAAGUAAACUGAGAUAAACCCACAAUUUCUUUGUCUUUUCCUUCACCUUCUUUCCUUGUUCUUAUUCUGCUGUAUUUCCAUGAUGUCUCCAGCAAAACCAGGUAGUUCUAAAGAAGAAACUCAAAAGAGUGGCAACAGAAAAACAAGUUCAUCAAGGACACAAGAGCAAACCCUAAAGUGUCCCAGAUGUGAAUCUCCCAACAUAAAGUUUUGUUACUUCAACAACUACAGUCUCUCUCAGCCCAGGCAUUUCUGCAAGACUUGUAGGAGGUACUGGACUAAAGGUGGUUCCCUGCGUAACGUGCCCAUAGGCGGUGGUAGCCGGAAGAACAAGAAGAUGAAACCGUCUUCAAGGCUGUCAGGUGAGUCCAGAGCCUCCGCUUCAGCUUCAGAAAUGGGUGGAUUGAAGUUCCUUCAUGAGCUUUCUCCUGCCGUGGAUUUUCAGCUCGGUGGGUUGUCGUUUCCUAGGUUUAACCCUUCACCAGCAACUGGUAUUUACAACCAGUUUGUUUCAUUUGGAGAUGGGAAUAGUCCUUCUUUAUGUCUUGAUCCAUCGGGAAGCUCGAGUUCUUUCAUGGGGUUUAGUAAUUAUCCCAACUGUGACCUUAGUUGUGCAAUUCAGGAGGUGGAAUCUUCGUUGAAUGUUAACAGUAGUCUUGCUUCUUCAAUCGAGUUUUUAAGUUCCAUAAACCAAUAUUUACACUGGAAGUUGCAGCAGCAAAGAUUAGCUAUGCUCUUUUAUGGUGAGAAUCAAAAGGAAAAUAGCAGCACCACUGCUUAUUCAGCUCCGGUACUCGAUGAGAACCAAGCACAAAAGCCAUUGCCCAUUUUGUUCCAGAAUAUGGAGGUUUCAAAAGCUGAAAACAUUUCGGCCGCUGGGACUCCAAGGAAAGACACAAGCAAUGAAUGGUUCUUGGGGAAUUCUUAUGCUGCACCAGUAACUCAAACUCCCACCAAUAGCGGGAAUGGCAAUGAUAAUACAAGCUGCAACUGGAACGGGGUUCAACCGUGGAAUGAUCUGCAUCAGUACAGCACGUUGCUCUAA